CGAGUACCAGGCCACUGGCCUGACUCACUUUGAACAAAAAUCAUUCAAAUAAGUCUGUGCACAUUACACAUAUAUACAACCAUUCUUGAAAUUUGAAAUUUUACGCUACAUAAUAGCAAGAUCUUAUAUAAUUACAACUUACAAUACUUAUUUUAAAAUAUAACUUAUGGGUGUCGAUAUUUUUGGAAAAGAUAUUUUAAUUGCAGAAUACCAUAAAUAUUCUUUUAUAUUUUUACUGUUGAUAUUUCGAGCUGGUUACAUAGCAUCAUUUAAUUUGAUUUAUGCAUUGACAUUGCCGAUUUUUAAAUAACUUUUGUAAAUUGUUACUUUUUUAUUUCUAUUGAAAAUGUUAUAAAAUAAAAAUUACGUUUCUCAUAAAAAUAAUAACUUUCAAUAUGUCAUGGAUUAAAGAGAACUGUGUUUCAUUCUUUCAACUUUUUUGUAUUAAAGUAGUAAAAACUGGACGUAUUCCUCAACACAUAGCCUUUAUAAUGGAUGGAAAUCGUAGAUAUGCAAAAAAACACUCUGUAAAGAGUAGUGCAGGUCAUAGCAGAGGUUUUGACAAACUUUCCGAAACUUUAAAGUGGUGUUUAGAUCUUGGUAUCCCAGAGGUUACAGUAUAUGCAUUCAGUAUAGAAAAUUUCAAGAGAACAGAAGAAGAAGUAAAUGCACUUAUGGACCUUGCUCGUGAUAAAUUUCAAAGACUUUUAGAUGACAUAGAUCAAAUAAAUGAAUGGGGUGUACGCGUACAUAUAGCAGGGAGGCUGUCUCUUCUGCCAGAUGAUUUGAGAGCUCUAGUGUCUCGUGGUAUGCUUGCCACUCAACACAAUAAUAAACUCAGGCUGAACAUUGCCUAUGCAUAUACAGGUCGAGAUGAAAUCAGUCGUGCAGCAUCACAUAUAAUAGAUAGUGUUAAAAAUAAAGAACUAAAUGCAGAUGACAUUGAUGAUGAACUUGUGUCAGCAACUUUAGAACUCGGAGAACCUGAACUGCUGGUGAGGACGUCUGGUGAAGUCAGACUGUCGGACUUCAUGCUUUGGCAGGUGUCAAACACAGUGCUAUAUUUCUCUGAUGUGUUAUGGCCUGAGUUUACAAUUUGGAACUUGUUGGCGGCUAUAAUACAUUUUCAAAGACAUGCCCCACUGCUUAAAGAAGAAGGAACUAUCAGUGAUACUAAACAGACAUUUUUAAAUAAACUAGAAUUUAGAAGAAUUCAAGAAUUAGAAAAAUACGUUACUAAUUGUUAAAAAAUCAAAAAUUUAUUAUUUAUUGUUAAAAAUUAAAUAUGUGUAAAUACAAUAAAUAAGUACAAACUACUA